AUGAAACAGGGCAAAUAUGAGACUGUAGUUUUGUAUGAGCUGUUCGUGUCUUUGGGAGGUCCCUUUACAGAUGUAGUAACUACAAAUCUUAAAUUACGAAAUCCGUCAGAUAGAAAAGUAUGCUUCAAAGUGAAGACCACAGCGCCUCGUCGAUACUGUGUGAGGCCAAACAGUGGAAUUAUUGACCCAGGAUCAUCUGUAAUUGUUUCAGUAAUGCUGCAGCCUUUUGAUUAUGACCCAAACGAGAAGAGUAAACACAAGUUUAUGGUACAAACAACCUAUGCACCACCAAAUAUUUCAGAUAUGGAGGCAGUGUGGAAAGAAGCAAAACCUGAUGAGUUAAUGGACUCCAAAUUGAGAUGUGUGUUUGAAAUGCCCAAUGAAAAUGAUAAACUGAAUGAUAUAGAUGCAAGCAAACCCACCCCAGUACUGAAUACGUCUAAGCAGGAUGGACCGAUGCCAAAACCACAUAGUGUUUCACUUAAUGAUACUGAAACAAGGAAGCUAGUGGAGGAGUGCAAAAGACUUCAAGCAGAGAUUAUGAAGCUGACAGAUGAAAAUCGGCACCUGAGAGAUGAAGGCUUGAGGCUCAGAAAGGUAGCACACUCGGAUAAAUCUGGAUCACCCACAGCUUUGGCCCUCAGAGAUAACGGCUCUAAUUCUCUUCCUUCACUCCUUGUUGUAAUUGCAGCCAUUUUCAUUGGAUUCUUUCUAGGGAAGUUCAUCUUGUAGAAAGAAUGAGUGAGAGAAGCAUGCAAAAUGCAGCUUCCUUUUUUUUUUUUUUUUUUUUUUUAUUUUCUUCUUCUUGGCCAGAAAAAGAUUUGUUUACCUACCACUUCAUUGGUAGUAUGGCCCCAGUGGCCAUUUUUGUGUACAGCAUCAUAACAGGCUUUGCCUUUAAUGAUCUCGCACGGUUAGAAAACACAAUCUGAAAAGACAAACUGUUCGGCUACUGGACAAAAUUGUACAUUAAGUCAUCAAUAGCAGGUGUCAAUUGCACAGUCAGUCCUUUAUGAAAAUUCAUAAAUAAAGAAUUGUUCUUUCUUUCUGUGAUUUUAAUAAGAAUUCAAAAAUUGUUCAGAGUCUUGUAAAUGUUAUUUUAAUAAUCCUUUAAAAUUUUAUCUGUUGCUGUUACCUCUUGAAAAAUGAUUUAUUAGAUUGCUAAUCCCACUCAUUCAGGAAUACGACAAGAGGUAUUGUGGGGGAAAUGGUGCCUCUUACUGUGUAAAUUUUCUCCUUACCUUACUUUGCUAAUACCAUGGCAGAAUUUCUUUCUUAUCCCUUGUGAGGCAUUGUUGAGAGUUCUUCAUCCUUACAAUCCUGUCCCAUAAUAUUUAACAUUACAAAAGAAAUAAAAUCGUUAACAGAUUUUUCUGCUGGGUAGCCUGUUUGUGUGUGUCGUACUUCUAGAAGGGAUUCCUAACAAGUUCAUUGUUCAUGGUAAUUUGCUACUUGUAACAAAUGGCUCUUUUGAAGUUUAUUUGCUUAAGUCUCUGGCUUAGACUGUUGUAAUUGAAGCU